UGAAAAUUAGGCGUACAGGAAGGAACUGCCGAUGCUAAGUGACAGAUGGCUAGCUGUUAUGUGAGUGAGUCUGAGGGCAAAAUGGCUACAGUUUACAAUAUGUUUCAGUUAGAAACAACAUCUAUUAUGGCCGUUGUCGUCGAGACGACAAUGACAGAAAUGGGCAAAUUUUUGACCACCGUGCCAAACUCUUACGUUUGCAAUCCGGAGAGAGAGCUGUGCACAAUUAUGAAUCUGGUGACAGAGGAGGCUAUUCGUAAAAUUUGCCAACUAUUCCUAGUGGUCUCCUCAAGUUUACAAAAUGAGAACGAUAAACUGAAGACCAAGGUGGAGCAGAUGGAUGAAGAUAUGAAAACCAAGGUGGAGCAGAUGGAUGAAGAUAUGAAAACCAAGGUGGAGCAGAUGAAUGAACAUAUUAAGGCAUUGACUGAGAAGGCUGAAAAUUAUAGAGCAUCACUGGCUAAAAUGCAGGCACAAGCAGAACCAAAAGGACCCACGCAUAUUCUGCUCAAUGGAAUGAUUUUUGCAAUUCCACCAGUCGGUCUCUCAAUGUUCUCUGGAAUGACAGCGGCUUCAACAAUGCCAGGGAAUGUCAGUCAAGCAAACACUGUCACUAAUGCGAUGUCAGUCUGUGCAGGUCCUGCAAAGGUUUGCAGUAAACCCACAGAGAUGUCUUCAUUGGAGAAUGACUCCUCUCUGGGAGACACAGAUGGACUGAAUACAGACCCCUCACCAAGAGACACUGAAUCCAACGUUGAGCAUAUGAGAGCUGCUCUGCCAGGGAGCAACGAGAGAGACGGCCAUGAAAGCCAGAAAAACAGCAAUACUAUUAAAAGGAUGCGAUCCAAAGAAACCAAAUGCUUCAAGUGUGAUGUUUGUGAGAAGACCUUCAGCCGGAACAACCUACUGGUACAACACAAGCUAACUCACACAAGACCCUUCAAGUGUGAUGUUUGUGAAAAGACCUUCAGCAGGAAGGGGUCACUGGAAGCUCACAAGCUAAUUCACACACUGGUACAUCAGAUGUUAAUUCACACAGAAGAGAGGCCAUUCACUUGUGGUCAAUGUGGCAAAACAUUCAGAAUGUCCAAGCAGCUCGAACAUCACAUGUUGCGUCACAGAGAAAAAACAUUCAGUUGCAAAGUUUGUGGAAAUGUUUUGUCUACCAAGAAAGAUCUGAAACGACAUCAGCUUGUUCAUGCAGUGGAGAGACCGUUCAAGUGCCUGACUUGUGACAAGGGUUUCACGUCAAGGAAACUGCUUAUCGAGCACGAGAGAAUCCACACCGGUGAAAAACCAUACACCUGUGCUGUGUGUGGAAAGAGUUACAGACAGCAUGGUGGCCUAAAUAUUCAUAUGCGAACACAUACAGGUGUACGUCCGCAUUCAUGUUCAGAGUGUGGUAAGGGUUUUAUGACAAGCAGCAGCCUCAAAAACCACAUGGUUGUUCAUACAGGGGAGAAGGCAUUUAAAUGCGAGACAUGUGGAGCUGCUUUCGGCCAUAAAGCAAACCUUCAGAGACACCAAGUGCUCCACACAGGGGAGAGACCGUACAAAUGUGAAGUGUGUGGGAAAAGCUACCUUCAGUCCACCGACCUAAAAGCUCACAUGCACCGUCAUGGGGCAACCAAACCAUUUAUGUGUGACCUAUGUGGGAAGACUUUUAUGUACAAUUUUCAAAUGAGACGACACAAUCUAAAAUGGCACACAGCUGAAGGAGAGAAGCAGAGGGAACGACAGAGAAGAGAGAGAACGAGAGAGAGAACCGCCAGGAGAGCGGGAACCUCAACAAAGCCAUUCAGUUGUGACAUAUGUUUGAACGGCUUCAGCUCCAUGCUAACUCUGAAAAACCAUCAACGAAGUCACACGGGACAAAAGCAAUACUCUUGUUCCAUUUGCGGAAAGAACUUUGCCUAUAAAAAUACUUUGGACUACCACAUGAGACUUCACAGUGGGGUGAAGCCCUACGCUUGUAAAUUCUGUGAAAAGAAAUUUGUUCUUAAGCAAGCUCUAGAAGGACAUGAGCGAACCCAUACAGGUGAAAAGCCCUUCAAAUGCAGUUAUUGUGACAAGACUUUCUCAGUCAACACCAAUCUCAAAAGGCAUGAGAGAGUCCACACGGGAGAGAAGCCAUUCAAAUGUGACGUCUGCGGGAGAGGUUUCAGCCAAGCCAACAACGUCAAAGCCCACAUGCAAGUCCACACUGGAGUUAGGCCUUAUUAUUGCAAGAGAUGUGGAAAGGGCUUUUCUGACAUAAGACACUACAAAAACCAUAGCUGUAAUGGUGUGGCAGCAACACGUGAUCGGUCUCGUAAAUCUUCAGACCGUUCUUUCAGAAAUAAAGGAGGUGAAGACCGCAGUGCUUGUCAUAAUGCUGCUGUGAUGUCGACUCAGUGAUAUAAUCUCUAUCAUUCACAGUGAGGCAACUUCCUGCUUUCAGACAUCAGGAACAAUGAGGAUGUAUCUGUAGGGUUAAAUGUUCUGGGAUGGGUUUCUGGAAAGCCUCAUAGGAAAUGAAUGUGUGCUUUAGGAAAUGAAAUGAGUGCCUGCUGUAAUGCUUGGAGAUAUUGCUGUAAGUCUUAGGGUCAAUGUUCAUGAGGCCAAAUUCCUCAAAGACAUGACUGUUUAUUUCUGACAUUGUACUGAAUUGUUUAAGAUUUUUCCUAUUUUUAAUUUUAUUGUAUAAAUCAUUAAACACCUAAUUCAUGUAAGUCA